AGACGCAGCCCCUUCUCAAUCAACAAACACCUUCAGGAUCCUAAUAGCAUUCACAACCGACCGUUGCGUCCAUUCAUCAAACCUUUCACAUAUCAAACAUGGCGGCUCCAGGAACACAAUCUCUCAAGGUUAGACUUUCCUAUUUGCGCCAUGAUCAAAAUAACCCUAGGCGUCCCGAGGCUGACCUGAUAUUCUCUUCUAGUGUGUUGUUACUGGUGAUGGUGCUGUUGGCAAGACAUGUCUGCUAAUUUCCUAUACCACCAAUGCCUUCCCCGGCGAGUACAUUCCCACAGUGUUCGAUAACUACUCCGCCAGUGUGAUGGUAGAUGGCAAGCCGAUUAGCUUGGGACUUUGGGAUACUGCUGGACAAGAAGAUUAUGAUCGACUCCGACCACUCUCCUACCCUCAAACCGAUGUCUUCCUCAUCUGUUUCUCAAUCGUAUCUCCACCAUCAUUUGACAACGUUCGCGCAAAGUGGUUCCCCGAGAUCGAUCACCACGCCCCCUCUGUCCCCAUUAUCCUCGUUGGUACGAAGCUCGACUUGAGAGAGGAUCCCGCUACGCUUGAGAGCUUGAGACAGAAGCGCAUGGAGCCAGUUUCGUAUGACCAGGCAUUGGUCAUCGCAAAAGAGAUUCAUGCCCACAAGUACUUGGAGUGCUCUGCCUUGACGCAAAGAAAUCUGAAGAGUGUCUUUGAUGAAGCCAUCCGAGCCGUCUUGAGCCCGCGACCCCAGCCGACCAAGAAGUCAAAGUCAAAGUGCACAAUUCUAUAGAGGAUUUCAAGAUGACUUUCGACGACAUACAGGGCAUAAAUCAAGACACCAACAAGCUAUUGAGUUCAUUGUUCGUUUUUUGAGACGAGAUUGAGAAAAACUAAAGCUGUCGAAAAUCCCUUUUCUCUUCCAUCCUUUAGAGAGGGGAAGCACAAAGCUUUUUCAUACAGGAAACUUGGUUCUUAGCGGGUGCGAACUCCUUCGACUUCUACAUAGUCUUUCUUGAGUUUCUCAGCGGGCAUAGUUUCUCUCUUCUUGUGUUUGUUAUUGAGGAGUCAGUUGCCUUGUUUUUCUUCGCUGUGGGUAAUCAAUCAUUUGCGUUUUCUUUCUUCCGGCUAUUCUCCAGAGAGAAAUGCGGACGAAAGCUAAGGACUGGAUGGGACGAGUACGGAUGGAGCUAGGAUGAGAAUGGUCAGUUUUGUUUCUAUCUUGCAUCGGAAGAAUAUCAGACAAGUGGAUGGAUGGAUUGAUAACUAUGUGAAGGGAAUUGGUAUGCUAUGAGGAGAGCUGUGGAACGGACGGUGUGCGAGCAUGGAUGGACAGAUGGAUGGAUAUGACAUGAUUGACUGACUGAUUGAUUGAUUGAUACCUUUGACUAUAAGCAAACAAACGCGAAAGAAUGCAUGCCCGUCCUAUACCUGUAGAUAAUGAAGU